AUGGGAGCUGCGCAAAAACGAUUGACGCCAACUGUAGAGCGUGUUGAAGCAUCGUUGUUAAUUUGGCUCGAUAGCUCGGUCAAUACAUUGCAAGAAAGCAUCGAUGCGCAGCAUCAGUUACGAUUCAUCACUGGUAAUUUAGAAGUAUUUGACCGAGAAGAUGCUUGUGAAAAUUAUAUUUGGUCGUUGAAAGAGAGCGAUCGAGCUAUUCUUAUUGUCAGUGGUAAAUUAGGUCGAGAAUUUGUUCCAAAAGUGGAAAAAAAUGGAAAGCUCGUAUCCAUAUAUGUCUACUGUGGUGAUAUGUCAAGGAAUCAAUGGACAAAGGAUCAUCCAAAAGUGAAAGGUUUAGCUGUCCAACUGCAAGAUUUAAUAUUGAAAAUCAAGUCUUGUCAAUCCGAAAGCCAAAAUGCCGAAACCGAUAACACGUUACUAAUCUCGACAUUCACGCAAAAUGAUGCACAAGAGAAAACAACAAGUCAAAUGAACGGCGACUUCGUUCAAUCGCAGUUGUUAAUUUACUGUUUGCUCAAGAUGAAAUCGCUCUCGAAGCCUUCCACUGAACUCAUAUCCGUGUGCGAAAAAGAGUAUAAAGACAAUUCGGAACAGUUGGCCAUUCUAAAAGAAUUCCGAAAAGAAUAUUCAAGAGAUGGAGCAAUUGAAUGGUACACUCGUGAAUCGUUCAUUUAUAAAAUGUUAAAUCAAGCGCUUCGGACACAAAAUUUUCAUUUGCUUUACUUAUUCCGUUUUCUUAUUCGUGAUUUGGAAGAAAAUUUAAGCCGUCUUCGAGGCUCGUCUGUAAUCACGGUUUAUCGCGGUCAGCUCAUGUGGGAAAAUGAACUUGACGAUUUAAAACAAUGCAAGGAUCAGUUGAUUUCUAUCAAUUCAUUUCUAUCGACAAGUUGUGAACGAAAACGAGCGAUAGCGUUUCUCGAUAGCAAAACUGGACUUGAGCGAAUUUUAUUCGAAAUAACCGCUGAUCCAAACUUGAAGGGAGCGAAACCAUUUGCUUACAUUGGCAAAGCAAGUCGUUACAAAAGAGAAGAGGAAGUUUUGUUUAUGAUUGGUUCAAUAUUUCGUAUCGAGGGUGUCAGUCAUGAUCGGAACGGAGUAUGGACGAUAAGGCUAACUUUAUGUGGAGAUCAAAAUCCUGCAAUAAAAGAGACUAUCGAUCAUUACAAAAGUCAAGAUGAUCAAGUCGAUCUAGACCUCAUUCGAUUAGGUAACGUUCUACAACGGAUGGGUAGGUAUGACGAUGCUGAAAGAUACUAUCAACGCUGUCUAUAUGAAACCGAUGAAUCUCAUAAUGAUCAUGAUAAGUCAACUUGCUAUCAUGCACUCGGCAGUUUAGAACGAUCGAAGGGUAAUUUGCAAGCCAGCCUUGACUGGUUUCACGAAUCGCUCACAAUUGAUAAGAAAAAUCUUAAACCAAAUGAUCCAAUUAUCGCUAGCACUUAUAUUGAUAUUGGAAACGUUCAUAACGAUAUGAAAGAUUUGGAACGAGCAUUAGAAUCCUACCAGAGCGCCUUGGAAAUCCUGCGGAGCAAAUAUGGAGAAAAUAAUAUUCAGGUAGCGACGUGUUAUAACAAUAUCGGUGUCGUCUAUAAAAGGCAGCAAAAUUAUUCCAGUGCAUUGAAUAUUUAUCAAAAAGCUUUGAAAAUUCGUCAAAACUGUCUUCCGAGCAAUCAUUGUGACAUUGGAGCCUCAUAUGAUAAUAUCGGAAUCAUCUACCGAUGUUGUGGUGAUUAUGAUCGAGCUUUGCAACAUUAUAAAAAGGCAUUAGAAAUAUAUCAAGCAGUACAUUCUGCACAACAUCCAGACAUAGCUAUGACGCUUCAUAAUAUAGGUAUUGUUUAUGAAGAUCAACGAGAUUGGAAAAAUGCGCUGUCGUAUUAUAACAAAGCCAAGGCCAUCUAUUCGAAAGUAUUUUCAUCAACGCAUCAAGCCGUUGUGGACAAUGAACAAAGUAUUCAACGAGUUUCUUACAAAUUACAUUAG